CCGCCAUGGAGAGCGCGGUCGGCGCCGCGGUCGUGCCGCCGCGGAGACCGCACAGCGCCCCGCCGCUGGGCCAGUUCCGCCAGUUCGACCUGGAGGACAUGACCAUGGACGUGGUCGCCGCCUUCCAGGACGGGCGCCAGGAGGAGGCUUUGGCCGGUGCCGUGGCCUUCUCGGCCGCGGCGAAGGAGGAGCUCGGCGAGACGCACCCCACGUACAUCAACGCGCUCGCCACCGUCGCGGCCCUGGUGAGCCAGAUGGGC